GGCGCCCUCAGUGUUAUGGCAAGAUGGCCUCGCUUCCGUCCCCCACCCAGGUGGCGGGAGACCAGGCGUCACAGUUUGAAGGCUGGUACAAGAAGAUAGAUCCCAGUGGGUCCGGCACCAUCCAGGCCGGCCCCGCUGCGGGCUUCCUUAAGAAGUCUGGCCUAAAUGAUAAUGUCCUAAGCAGGAUAUGGGACCUUAGCGACCCCGGUGGGAAGGGUUACCUAGACAAGGCCGGUCUCUUUGUGGCCCUCAAGAUGGUGGCCCUCGUUCAGAUGGGCAAGGAACCAUCGCUAGCUAAUGUUAACAUACCCACACCACCCCCCAACAUGGGCGAACCACCCCCACACCCUCCUCCCCCUGGCAGGGCCACGCCCCCCACCAAGCCCGCCCCUCCCUCAGCAGCAGCAGCAGCAGCCGCAGGAGGCGGGGGAGUGUGGACCAUCACCCCACAGGACCGAGCUCGCUAUGACAUGAUAUUCAACACCCUGGGACCAGAGGCAAAUAAGUUACAUGGCAGCAAGGUGAGUAGUGUGAUGCUCAACUCCAAACUCCCGACGGAAACACUGGGCAAAAUCUGGGACCUGGCGGACAUGGACAAGGACGGCUCUCUAGACCGAGUGGAGUUCUCGAUCGCAAUGCACCUGAUCUACAAAGUCUUAGAAAACAACCCCAUGCCACCAUCCGUGCCGCAGGAGAUGCUUUCAAGUGCCCAGCGUGCCGGCGUUGCCCAGGGACCAGUGCCGGCUCCCUUGGCUCCCCCCUCACAGGUGCCUCAACCAAACACACCCAAACAGCAGCAGAAUAAGGACAACUUAGCCAGUGGGAUUGAGGCCACAUCAGGAAGCUCUGCGGAAGAACAAGCCUCAGGUCCCCCCCCAGCGCCCUGGGUGAUCAGUGCCGCGGAGAAGGCGCGGUACGAUGUCAUGUUCCACAAUGCCGACUUGGACAAGGACGGUUAUGUGAGCGGCCAGGAGAUCAAGGGGGUGUUCCUGCAGUCCGGCCUCCCGCAGAUGGUCCUGGCUCAUAUAUGGAACCUUUGCGACAUGAAGCAGACGGGGAAGCUGACCUCUGAACAGUUUGCUCUGGCCAUGUGGUUCAUUCAGCAAAAGUUGGCCGGCGCCGACCCCCCCGCUGCCCUCACCCCAGAGAUGAUCCCGCCCACCAUGAGACCCAAACCCUCCGCAGAGUCAGCCAUGGACCUUCUAGGUGAUUUAAUGGCCAAUGCGCCGGAGGUCGUCCCCGCCAAGCCCCAGUACACUAACCCCGAGCUGCAGUUGGUGGCGGACGAGAUCGAGGAGCUCAACGCCGACAAGCUGAAGUUAGAGGCGGAGAUCCAGCAGAAGGAGGCCGGCAUUAGGGUAAAGAAUAACGAGAUCAAGAACCUACAGACCGAGCUGGACACACUCUCAUCAACCCUUCGGCAGCUAGAGCACCAGAAGGGGGCGGCACAACAGCGGCUGGACGACCUCGGCAGCCAGAAAAAGGUCCUAGAGGGGGAACGGAAUGACCUACAAGCCCUGAUUGAGGCCGAGCUGGAAGAGGUGGCCAAGCUUCGGGCACAAGUGGAGGAGCAGGAAACCAGUCUGAAGGCCCAGGAGGAGGAGGUCAUGUCCAAGAGGCAGGAGCUGACGGACCUCAAGAACCAGGAGACCCAGCUGGAGGAGAGUGUGGCCCUGAUGAAGAAGAGGAUAGAUGAGCUCAGUAUUACCCAGCAGGAGACACAGCUACACAUAUCACAGGCACGCAUGAAGAUAGGGGAGCUGCAGGACCAGGAGAACCACAUGGCAGAGAUCUUGAUACAUUACGACUCGGCCAUAUCGUCUGGGGAUGCCUCGUCCCUCUCCGAGUCGUCCUUGAGGGAGGUUACGCCUGUCUUCAACGACCCAAGCUUCCUGCACAUAGGACCCACACCCACCACCAGCCCCAAGGAGUCCCCCAAGGAGCCAAAUCCCCCUCAGCAGAAUGGUUUGCCCUCCCAGGAAGCGAUCAACGCCGCCAACAAGGCCAAGGAUACUUCUUUCAGUGGCGGACACGACCCCUUCGGCUCAGCUUUCGGUGGACAGCAAAACAACGUGGAUAUGUUUGGCUCCUGGGACCACAAUCCAGGCUCGGCCACCCCCAACCCAGCGCCCGCAGCAGCGGACCCCUUCGGAGGAGACGCCUUCGCCUCACAAAACAAGGGUGCUAAUGACCUGUUUGGAAGCGAGCCGUUCAGCGCAGGUGGUGGCGGUGGCGGCCCUCCCCCACGGCCAGAGAGCCCCACCCCCGCCCUGCCGCCCAAGAAGUCCAAGCAGCCACCCCCCAGGCCAGCCCCCCCCAAGACGCGGCCUACCAAGCCCCCGCCGCCGCAGAUCAACUCCAACAAUAACCCUACCAAGCCCGAGACCAACCCCGGCACCACGGAUCCCUUCGGGGGUGGCUGGGGGGACAAGAGCAACACCGACAACUUUGCGGACUUUGCCAACUUUGCAGACUUCGAUAACAAGUGUUCCAAGGUAGUCAGCAGCAACACAACGUCGCCGUGGGGGGAUGACGGCAAGUUUUCGCCGCGGCCGGGCCAGGACGACGAGGACCCCUUCGGCCCGCCGUUUUCAGCGGGCCAGGACGAUGCCACCAGGAGCGGCGACGCCUCCCCCUGGCAGCAGGACGCGUUUGGGUCCUCCGGGUUUGCCUCCGCCGACACCUUUGGGAAGGAGGACCCAUUUGGUGAAAUUGGGGCUGGGACCGGCGACCCGUUCGGUGGCGACUACGACCCCUUCAAGGACCAGGACCUGAAGGAGGCGGACAAGUUCUCUUGGGAAGACGAGCCCGACCCCUUCAACAGCCUGCCCGGGGAGGGGGAGGGCAAGGCGUCUGGCGGGCCCCAGGGCGGCUCGACCUUUAAGGAGGAGGACCCCUUCAGCUUCGGCGUCAAUGAGGUGGAUGGAAGCGCCGGCACUUUUGCCGAGCUGUCCGCCAACAACAACAAGAACAGCGGCCAGCCAUCCCUGGGGCUCAAGAGUCCGUCUGGUUCAGACCAGAAGAGCCGCUCCAGGUCAGUCAUUGGUGACCCGUUCGCCUCCCAGGCCCGGGAGACGGUGCCCAAGCGCUCCAAGACCUCCCUUGGUGAGCCCCGGGACUCUGCCUUUGACUUUGACCCGUUUUCCUCGGCCGGCGUGACCAGCGCCGAGAAGAGCAGGUGGAAGAGCAAUGAGGAUCUGCUCAACGAGAACUUCUCCGGCUGGGGCCUGGCCAACAACAACAACAAUAACAAUAACAAUAAUAACAAUAAUAGCGAGGAGAUCAACCCGUUCGGCGACAGCUUCACCUCUCCGGGGCAGCCCUGGGGUCAGCCCCGGCAGCCCCAGUUGGCCACAGAGGACGAGCAGCUGGCGUGGGCCGCCCAGGAGAGCAUGAGGCUGGAGGAGGUGCGGAGACAGCAGGAGGAGCAGGAGCGGGUGGAACUGGAAUUGGCCCUCACCCUGUCCCGCCAGGGCCCCGCCUCCCGCCGCUCCCCCUCCACGGGCCUCUGAGGCGGCCGCCGCCUGUACAUAUGUCUAAAACUAUUACCAUACAAUGAAAUUGUUACAAUAUUAAUGUUGGAAUAUUGCGUGUAGUAUAGUUGUUUCUUGUUUAAGAGUUGUGUAGUUUUGGAAUGUACUAUAUCUUUGUUAAGUAAGUCUACCAGAUUCACUAGUGAAGUGGAGGGCAGCAUAAAACACAAAUAGCUAACUAUCUCUCUUCCUGCAUUUCUUUCUCUGCCAGCCAAUUGUUUCCCGGAUGAAGAGAACAAUACCAACGACUGUAGCUCAGAGUUGCUAGAUCAACAGUAGCUUCAAUUCCACUGUGACACAUUUCUGUUGCUAUAUAGAGGAUAACUACUACUGUAUUGCAUGUCAAGGCCAGUCUUUCCAACGUGGAAAAGCUUCACAACAACACUAUGAAACUCAAGGAUCUGCUCUUCUGCCCGUGGCCUUCUAACCCGUGUGGGACGUGACUGAAGCUUGAGCAGCAGCGGGAGGGGGCCGAGCACUGCCCGGCUCCCCGGCUGAGGUGGAGGAUGGCUGGUGCCGGUGGCGGUCGGACUAGCUUGCAACAGAUCAUUCCCAGCGUCUCCAAAGGAUCAUGUCUAUUCAGGUUUUAAUAUAUUUUUGUAAAUGUGGUUUCAUUUUUUGUAAAUAUUUUAACUGUUUCUUUCCCCGGCCUGACCGGGACGCAGCGCUGUGCACCCCGGUGCAGCGCUGGUGUACGUUGCUGUGCGGCGCCACAAUGUCUCAUUGGAGUCUCGGGAAAAGUUCCCGAGUUUUAUGGGAUUUUUGUUCAACUUUUUCCUGGAGUUGUCAGACACUGUCAUUGUUUUGAAAGGAGGUUUGCAAUGGAAGCUGGUAGUUUUAUUUAGGUAAAGUUAGUUCUUUGUUUUGUGCAAUUUUUUGCCUUCAGAGCUAUUUUUAUCAAACGUGUUCAUUUUUACUUCAGCUUUGUACUAUCCUUAUACAAUAAGAAGAGAGUAUCCACCAAAAUUAAGCUUGAAGGCACCGAAUCAUUCCUGCAUCACCUUCUUGCUUACGUCUUCCAAGAUGAACUGUGUCCCAUUCCUUCCGGCCUCAGCCUCCUGUCUGGGCCACGGUCCACUACCUCGACUCUCUCUGCGGGGGACUUGGGAUCAGCAGCAUCAAGCCUGUCCUGUAUCUACACACUGUCACUCGUGAGGUGAUGAUGCCUGUUGGCGCAACACAACAAGGACUGACUGGCUGGGAAACACUGUGGCCAGCCCCAUUGGCUUCCCCAAGGGGGCCUCCGCUGGGGCUGCCCACAGUCUGCAAGGUAAAGCGAUGAUGAUGCUGUAGCAGGAAGAAGUGGUGGUACGGGAACACCGAUGACAGACCUGUGCCGUCAAACGCUCCUUGAAAGUUCACUUUGCGGUGUUCCUUCCGGGCCGCGACGCGGCUGUUGGGUGGCCGUCGCCGCGGCCCGGCUAGCAUUGGGUAGUGAUUUGCCAUGCAAUUUGCAUGCCACUUAACUUUUUGCUGCAUCCUAGGUCUUAAGCUCAUGACAAACUAUUGUUUCAACAUAUCUCUGCUGCUGUGCGACAAUGAAGACUGUUUUAUGGCUAGGUUCCCUUCCUUGAGGCAGCGCGUCUGCCCUUUCUGUUGCCCGCGUCCAGCAGCCUGGCGAGGGGCCGCCGUCCUGUGUGCUGCAGUGCUGCCCGGCGGCGUGUUUUGUUGCGGCGCAGCACAGUGCUGUGAGCCGUGUCCAGUUGACCAUUGCAAGGCAGCUCUACCAACAAACCAAGAUGUUUGAAUAUUUUUCCACAGCAGUGCUUGCCCCGUGAGGGUCUGGGCUGUCUUUGUUAAGCUUAUAUUUCAAGCAAGUCGCAGAUAUUACGAAACUGGACUUAUAAAGAAGAUUUAUUUUAACUUUUAUCGUUGUUAAAAAUGGAUUAAUGCAAACUGCAUGACUAUAGCCUCUGGUAUCUCGUAGCAACACCGCAGAUUGCCAACAAGUGACUGUAUAGGACAAAAUGGUGUGUGUGUGUGUGUGUGUGUGUGUGUGUGUGUGCGUGUGUGCGUGUGUACGGUGUAAAAUGCCUUACCAGUUUCCGAGAGUUGUGUUGUAGCCAAAGUUUGUGGUGUGGACGUCCAGGCUCCUCUGGAUGCGUUUCUUCUCUCUCCCUGUAAAUGUAUCUGUGAAAUACUCGUGUCUUGAGGUAGACUUGUUGAACCGAUGUAAAAAGGCAUAGAAAUGUAUAUUAAUGGAUUCCUCCUACCCCUGUACCCACUGUUUCUCCCCCUCAAGGAAUGUGUUUGGAUUAGGAACAAAAGAGAGAAGCCAAAGACAGGAGUGUACAUGGUAGUUAGUGGUCUGUUGGAGCAAAUUGUUUAUAUUUUCCUCAUUUUAAGCUAACGUGCACUGUACUUGUCUAGUCCUUAAAAGAUAUGCCAAAUUUUUUUUUAUUAUUAUUAUUAUCGAUAGCAAAUUACUUUGUCGUAGCGGAGAAAUUCAAUGACUUUGCAUAAUACUGUUAGUGCGGAUACGUGCCCCAACACAUGAUAGGUCUUGUGGUGAAAGUUAAAGCACCUUCGGAUUUGUGAGAAUGGGAAGCGUAGCGGUAGGAUUAGUAGACGACCCUCGGAUAUGUGUAUACAAACAAGUAAGCUAAAAAAUUACAAUGUCUAGGGAUUGCCGGUUUCUCUUUGGUUGUCAGUGAAGCACCAAAACGUUGACCCGUGACCCAGAUUGUGUCUCGUGCAUAGCUAGCAGUGUAGACCCUAAACUAUGUAGGUUUACUGUCGUCGCAACCCGUAUGAAGCCUUGGUUUUAUUUGGCCUGGAAAAUAUGUUCGGUUUAGGGUACGUUCGCCAAUGUGUGUGCAUCUUCAACCCACAGCACAUACCUCUCAACAUAACUUACUGAACCCAUGACAGCAAAAUAGACUCAUCAAAAAGACUGAACCAAAAAGUAAGUUCAUUUUCAUGCCCCAUUUUACCCAUAACACCCCCCCAAAAAAUACUCGACUAGACUGAGUUGAGAGAGGAUAUCGAGCUGUUCUCAAGAUCAAGAUUCGUAACCAUUCUUUAUUUUGAGACAAGGAAAUUGAACUGUUGUCAAGAUCAAGAUUCGUAACUGUUCUUUAUUUUGAGACGAGAGGAAAUUGAACUGUUGUCAAGAUCAAGAUUCGUAACUGUUCUUUAUUUUGAGAUGAGUUAAUUUUUAUGCCUCGUCUUACCCGGAACAGGAAAACCGACUAUUUGGGAAGACUAAGCUGAGAUUGUGAACUCUUGUAAGGAUAGAGAUUCAUAACCAUUGUCUUUCUACCUUUAGCUCAUUUACACACCUCCGUUUAAUAGAGAAGUGUUUCCCAUGAUAUGAGUGCUGAUCGGAACAGUGCACUCAAAUCGGCGAACAUACCCUACUUAACUCGAAAACACAGAUCAAAAUUGCGAAGAAAAUGAGCUUGUUAUCUUCAGAGUAUGGAAGUUGCACCCAAACCCAUUAUGUUGUCUCUCUAAGAAGUGUUCUGCGAGAGCCUACCUGACAAGCGCUUGAUAAAAAAGGCACCUGAAGGAGAAGGGGUGUAAGGGACAAAGCUGUUUUUCUCUACUACACAUCUCAGGAAGAACAAGGUAUAUAUAAGUUGUAAGGGGAAAGUGACCCUCGGUAUACCAAACACAAGGUCGCUUUUCACUUGCACCUUGUCUUGCUCUUCCUGGGAUGUGUAGUUUGCCUUUCCCAGUGCAAGCAAGAAAAAUAUGUCUUUGGUCGGUAUUCUCAAAUUUCUCAUGACAGCUGUUUUCUAAGGCCAUAAAAGAGACCAAUCAAGUUCUCAGGAGUGUAUUUUAGGUUCCUGGUACUGAAGAAGGGUCAAACUACCACCAGGGUCAUUAAGCUACCCCUGUAAAUGCCCAAACCUCCUGUGCAAACCCUGUCAAAUGAAUGUGUCGGGGUGCCAAAAUGUUUAAAAAUGUCCCUUUGUCCCCUACUCUCCUCCUCUUGUGGGUGCCUCAUUUGUGUGUUCAGUUCGUAGGUCCUUGGCAGAUGACACCGGAAACGAGAAUCACCUUUACUGUGUUCCUCUUGGGGCGCCACUCAAGCUGUAGACUUCCUCACGCUGUUCUGCGCUCUGUCAGGUGUUGCUGCGUCUGAUCUGUUUGUGACCGUGCCAUUUUUUCCGUUUUGACGUGUUGAGUGUUUGCUACCCUGCGCUGAGGCCCCCGUCAGAUACCGCCUUACAUGUUCACACUAUCAGUAUUACAUCUUCAGUAUCAGACAGCUGGUGGUGGCGGUGUGGUGGUGGAACAUUGUGGCCCCUUUCUUUGUAGUCUGGGUGAUGUGUUUUGUGUCCUUUAUGGAUGAGUUGCAGUACCUAUUCCUGGAUGAUAGACGAACAUUUCUCGUGUGUUGAUUUCCUUGCCGUGUGAUUUAGUUUGCCACAAGUUGUGUGUUGAUUUGUGUUUCUUGCACCGAGUAGUGUCAGAGUGGAGGCCAAUAGACUGAUUGGUGUGAGGGACUAUGAUUGAAAUUUAUGCCCAGAAAUUGUCUGAAACAUAAUAUAAAGAUCUUUUCACCUCACUGUAAUGUACCUUUGUCUAGGAAGUGCAUUUAUUGUAAAUUUAAAGUUAAGGUAACACAAUUAUUGUUGAAUUUAAUGUUAACAGCCAUUAUAGGGAAUCUUUAGGUGGGUCUUGAAUGCUGAUCACAGAGUGUUUGAGAAUAGAGCGUAGACCUUGUUGAUAUUGUUGAUUGGAGGCGUGUAGAAGCUGUACGGAGUAAGCACACACACACACAAGGUGCACGAACCAAUGCUGUAGUCACCUUGCACACUUGGCCAGAGUAGUGUAGCCUCCUGGGGCAGCGUCAGGCUGUCUUGGGCAUCACCUGGGCGUGCAAGUGUGCGUGCCAGCAGACAUUUCCAUAUCCGUGAGUUGCAUGUGUGUGUGCGUGUGUGUGUAGGUGUUUCUGAUAAUGGCUGGUAUAUGUAUGUAGCGAUGCCGUGGCCACACCGCCCGCUUGUCUCUGGCACGCCACUCACGGCUGAAGCAUUGCCGCCACUCACCCACGGCCACUAGUGUCUGUUCGUGCCCAGGAAAACAAAAUUUGAAUCUGAGCCGAAUCUGGAGCUGGCGGCGGCUGUGUUGCUGCCACCAAUCGUUGACUGUGGCGUUCAGCUGUGGCUCGGUGAGGGUUUCCUGUCCGGCAGAAACAUGCUACUUCUACUGGUUUGGUUCCUCGAGAUUUGGAGUCUCUGUCUGAUUUACGUCUGUUUCUUUGGCUCAUGUUUCCCGAAGAAUAGUUGUUUGGGGGGGAGAUUAUUGUCUAGAAGUGCAAAGGUCAGUGUUGCUUUCCUCCCCAAGUAAUAUUGUACGAUUACUUUCUCCAAUACCACCUCAGUGAGGGAAGCUCGUGGUACUUCCAUCUAUACUUCGUGUUGUUCGGUGUCACCGUCAUGUUAUCUCAGUGUAAAUAAGGCUUAAUACAAUAAACAUGUUCACCAAACA